UUGGGCGCUGUUCGGUACGUAGAGACGUAGCCGCCUACACUGACCUGGAUAUCUAUAACUGACAUACAACCCCAUACAACACCAUGGAUUUAAGGACGACAAUGCAUGUUUUUUGUGAUCAUCUUGAACUGGUAGGACUUCGUCUUCAGGACGGUUGUACGACAAGAGUCAGGUCCCUCUGGUGUGCCGAAUUGUGACGCGAGGAAGGGCUCGCUUAGCAGCCUAAUGGACAGUAUCGAUGACUUAGCAAACACAAGGACUGAUGAAUAGCCUCUUUAUGCAAAUUCGACACUUUAUUGUCUCCAUUCGCCCCGCCUGCUCCUCUAUUUGAUGACUGGAACUGGAUAUCACUGUUACGUGUGUCGUAAUAUCACCAUUACUGAGAGACAACAGUAUUUACUUCUCUGGAGCGAGGAAGUGAAGCUGCGUCAGGUUAGCAGAACGUGAUCAAGUUGAGACCGGAAAUUGGUUGACCUUACCUUCACAAUAAAUGUGCCAAAUGUAUUUGGUUUGACUCUGAUGAACACCGAUUGAAAUUGGACAGAGUCUAGACACUUGGACAGGUGGCUCUAAUAGCAACAUACAUCUCGGAUUGUAUUAAUACCGUGGUACCCUGCAGCAUCGACACAUCUCCAUUCGCUUUAUUUUGGAAGUUGAAAACAGAAGUCGGCCUUGCCUCCACACUAUUUGACACUAGUAGGAAGUGGGAUGUGGCCAGGGUGUAUUAAUGCUUCUGUUUAAGAUAUGAAAAUCACUGAAUUCACGCUGGUUCGGGAGACCUGUUUCGCAACCGGUCACAGCGGGGGGAACGACACCGUUGCUGCCCGUGACUGUGGCUGUUGUCAGUGGUCGAAAACGGUGAACACGACCGAAGCUGCUGUGCUGGUUUCGCCUGGACUGGACCAUUUCCAUGAGGGGCUUCUUAAACUCACGCCCUAACAAUUUGUGUGCGGGGCUGUAUUCUGUGCUUACAUAAUAACAGCAUGUGAAUCAAUUCAGUCACCUGGUGGAUUUUUUUAUUUUUUUCUUAGACAAAGACUGUUUCCCCCCAUGUUUUAAUAUAUAUAUUUGCAAAUGUCAACAACCCAGCGUCAAAUGAUGAUGGAGUCCUCUCUAGCCCUUGGAAGACUGGAACUGACCCCCAGCUCAGGCGCUGUUGGGGUCAGCCUGACCCCGCGGCUCUCCGCUGGGCACCCGGGGAAAGAGAAGUGCGGUCAGCGGCUACCGGGGCCACAAACCCAGCCUCACCUGAACGGCUGUGUCCCGCUGUCACAUCAGGUGGCGGGUCACAAGUAUGGAGUGGAUACAGUGGGGAUUUUGCAGCAUCCAGACGGGACAGUCCUGAAGCAGCUCCAGCCUCCACCCAGAGGUCCAAGAGAGAUGCAGUUUUACGGCAUGGUAUAUGCAGAGGACUGCUGUGAUCCAUGCCUUCUGGAACUCCAGAACCAUCUGCCCAAGUACUACGGCACCUGGUCCUCUCCUGACAGCCCCAACGAUCUGUACCUGAAGCUGGAGGAUGUGACUCGGCGCUUUGUGAAGCCGUGCAUCAUGGACGUGAAGCUGGGCCAGAGGAGCUACGACCCGUUCGCCUCGCAGGAGAAACGGGAGCAGCAGAUCAGGAAGUACCCGCUGAUGGAGGAGAUCGGCUUCCUGGUGCUCGGCAUGAGGGUGUAUAAGAUGUGCAGUGACUCCUUCGACACCUACGACCAGCACUACGGGAGGGGGCUGCUGAAAGACUCCAUUAGAGAUGGUCUGGCUAAGUUCUUCCAUAACGGUGUGAGUCUGAGGAAGGAUGCGGUGUCGGCGAGUAUCCGCAGAGUGCAGCGCAUCCUCCGCUGGUUCGAGUCUCAGCAGCAGCUCGCCUUCUACGCUAGCUCCCUGCUGUUCGUCUACGAGGGCCUCCCCUCCUCUUCCUCCUCAUCUCCGCUUUCCUCUCUGCUCAGCACGCCGUCGCUGAGCCCGACCGCAGGGCAACCCGCCAUGCUGUCAUCGUCAGGUAACAGCGGGCAGGGCGGGGAGGGGGACGCUGGACAGGAAGGGGCGAGGCAGGAAGAGGAAGUGGCUGAGUUCAACAACAACAACAUUCAGGCGCCCUGGGACUACAGCUUGGAAACCAUUUACACCAACCACAGGAAAGGAGGUCACCAGCAUUGUGCCAAGGGUUUCCGAGGCAACAGUGGAGACGGUGUUGCCGCGGAGACGAAGGCGAGUUCGGACUCUGCCCCUUGUGAGGAAGAUAACUCUGCCUGGAAACGAACAGGUGGGCCGCUCCCACCACCCAAUGUGAAUGGAAACAAAUCACAACUGGAAGGGAAGGACGGAGAGGGGGGGAGGAGGAGAGAGGAGGAAGAGGAGCUAAAAGGACGGGGAGGCGGGGCAACAGAGGGGUCGGGCGGAGACACGGAGGUGGAGGUCAGGAUGAUCGACUUCGCCCAUGUUUUCCCGAGCGAAUGCCACGACCGCGGUUACAGCUACGGCCUCAGACACCUGCUGACGGUGCUGGAGCAGAUCCUCUGCGACACCGCAUAGAAGUAUCUCUCCUCCCCACAUUUCUUUACCUCCUGUUGAACCAGUCCGUCAUCCCUCCUGACUUCUCGAAAAAAAAGACAAGAGAUGGAAGAAUCAAAGACGUGAAUAUAAAUCAUCAUCAUCUCACCGCCGUGGAUGGUUUGUCGGGAGUGUGUGUGUGUGUGUCUGUGUUUGUGUGUAAGCGAGGUGGAGAUGACCGUUGUGUGUUCCCUGUGAUCAGCAGCACUACAUGCACUAAUCAAUCCAUGAAGGCAUUGCGACCCCGGAAUUUAAACGCAACAUCUUCAGAUGAAAGAUUUACCGAUGCUCACACAACCCAACGUGACUUUAGUCCAUUUCAAAUAGGGCCUUUUUAUAUCAUGGCCCAAAAACAGCUGGUAUGUUUCUUUAAAAAUUGCAUAUCCUUACACCUCAAACUGGAACUAGGCUUUGCAAUGUCAAUACAUAUAUCAAUAGGAAUUUCUCAGAUUUCUCUACACUGCUUAUACUGUUAAAGCUGUUCCCUUUAACUAUCUCUGGUUGUAUCAGCCUAUUGCAGGAAGUGCUGCAGAUCAAUAAGCAGCAACAUCCAUUUUACAGGAUUUUUGCAUCCAUUUGAUGAGGUUGUUUGAUUUUCUGAUAUACAAUUCACUAGAUGAGCCUGAACCAGGACAUUCCCAACAGUUUCUCAGAUUAUAUUCUUUAUAUUUUAGUAUACUAGAGAAAGAAUGGUGUGUAUUUGGUUACAAUGAGGUGUACUGUUGGAUAUGCAGCCCACCUAGAGAACUCCCCAACCUUUAAACAUGUUAGCAAGAUUUCCUUUACUAAAACAGAUUGUUUUCAUCCUCAUUCAAUCUGGUUCAUUUAGAUUAACAAAUACAAUUCUUACCAUUGGUCCCCAUUGAUCAGAAAAGGGACAUGGCCUCUUGAAGUGAGCAUCGGGUCAAACGGGAAGUCUGGAGACGUUGCCGUUUAAGCCAGGUCGUCAUUUUGUGUUUUUGUUUAAACACUGUCUACAGGUAUCUAACUCAGGUAAAUUUACUGUAAGAAAUAAAUACUUAAUAUUACUACUUCUGACCUUGAGAGCAGGAGGAUCCUCAUGCUGUGCUCGUUCAGUUCUGAUGAGUUCUGUUGUGUUGUCUUACUCCAUGUUCCUCCGAUCUCAGUCAUGUUUCUGCCUCUCAUGACCUUCCAUUAGCUUUUACCAUGGCUGUUUUAAUUGUGUUCAGCUGCCAACCCCCUCCCCACCCUCUUCUGGAGCCUGAGCUCUGUGCUGUGUUUAUUGCAGUUACUUGGUGCCCCCCGCCCCCCUCUCUCUUUCUGCCCUAGUUUUAGGAACGGCAUUAUAUUGUUUUACUCUUUUUAAGGAAAUCAGAAGAUAUCGCUGCUCAUUGGUUGGACUUCAGUUCCUCUAGAAUUACCCAUGAGCUUUUCUAUGACUGAGUUAUUGGUGGUAAGUUAUUAUAAUGUGAGUUAUAACAAUAGGAACUACUUCCCUCCCAAAUUCUGGAUUGUGUUUCUGUGUUUAACGGCAGAAGACAGACGUUGUACUGGAAGAUACAUGAUGCUGUGCUCGGUUGUCAUGACGAUACAUACUAGUGUGAUAGAACUUCCCCUGAGGAUUUUUAAGAUUGUAGAUGUUUGAAACGUGCUGCUUUAAUGCGAGUCGGCUGACAGGUUGACAGAAUGCUAAAGAGUGAAGACAGCGGAUGAAUGCUUUCAUGUCAUGUCAUAUUUUAUUUUAUUUGGGCUCGGUGCAGAUGGGCAGCAAUGUUAAUGUACUGGAGAAGUCAGCACGUCCUUUUUACACUAAUAUCAGUUAAACUGAUUUAUGUUGCUUUUUUAAUUUAGUAGGGUGGACUAAUAUUGUUUUUAGGGCUAAUGCUAACUGAAUCUGCAGACUCUGUAUGCAUAUCACAACUCUACUGCUUUCCUACCAGCUGUUAUGCUUAGCAAACGUUCCAUUCCCACCAAUGAUAUUCAUUGAGCUGUGAAUUUAUGGAAGCCCAAAGCUGCCUCAGUUGCUACCAUUAUUGUCGAGUUACAUCUUUCAUAGCUUAGAUUGAUUACAAAUAUUUCAUCUCCAGGGAUAUUUUUCUGGAGCUUUCAGCAACAUCUCAUGGUCUUCAUCAGCAGAUUGUGUUGUUUCCUCAAUUAAAGGACACAAAAGAAAUGGACCAAAUGGAAAAACUGCUGUUUCCAUUAUCUAUAAUAAACCUUAAAUCUAACACUAUUUAUUUUUGUAUCCUGAGUUUGACACAAUUAGUUUACAACCUUAAUUGACUCCAUGGUGAAACAAAGAGAAUAUAAGUAAAUAUAAGGCAGGGUGAUUUGAAUUGAGUCCAAAUCUGUAAGGAAAUAUCCACCAAUAAAUUACAAAGUAGUGGUGCAGGAAUGACUACUUAAAACCAGCAAUGAGUUAGCAUUUUACUGCUUCUGGAUCCCUCGUCUUGGAGUAUUUUUGUAACAUGUUUGUGGUUACAUACCUGAAAUAAGGUCUGUGGUAAACACAAGCUGAAGAGACUUACAUUUUUUAUUUUACAACAUAAAAUAAGUUAGUGAAAAAUCCACUGAAUAAUGUUUGAAGCUUUUACGUUUCAUAAAAACAGCGGCUAAAUGAGACAACUAAACGUCAUCACACUGACCGUUAGCCGCUAGCUAAAGCUGCUAGCUUAAGCCGUUUGCUUCUGCAAAUUGCAUUUACGCUCUGAAAAUAAUAAAAGUUGAGUUAAUAUGUGGAUAUUAUCCUCCUCAACAAAACGUGUCUGCCACAGAGUUUAUUCCCUGUAAUUAUCCACAUAUCUAUGGAACAAUCCCAAUGGUUUUUGGAGGGAGCUCUUGCGAUGCUAACUUCCGGGUUAGCCUAUAAAACUACACUCGUUGCACCACUCCUUAAAAACUGAAAGAGAGACAGCAGUAGAGAUGUGGAAUAAAUGUAGAUACCUAUAUAGUCCAGCCAUACUUUAAUAGGACAGGCUUUUAAUAGUUUGAAAUUCAAAGACAGUCAUCCUAGUGUUUCUAGGAUCAUUACUGUGGAUUGGUUUCCUUCCUAAGCAGUUGCUUGUGCCCUCUCUGGUUCUCUACACUAACAUGGAGCGGCUUUAAUGUGACGUUAACCCUCGCUGCCUGCAUGCCUCAGCCUCUCUUGUUUUAAACCCUUGCACUCGUCUCUUCAGUUUAUGUAGCGUGUUAUAUGUGAAUACAAUGAAAAUCCUGAUAUUUUGUAAAUUAACUCGAUUAAAUCGAAUCAUGAUUUUAUUCUGAACCGAAAGAGACUGCAAGCUAUUGGAAAAUAAUAUGUUCUUUUUUCCCCCUUUUAUAAUACAUUGAUGUUUGAAGUAAUCAGAUCUUGUAAAGGGUGUUUACAGAAGAUAGAGAUUUUUUUUAAUCACUGCCUUUUUUCUGUUGAUGGCUCCUCUUUGUUUUUAAUAUGAUUUUUUUAUUUAUCAUUCCGGCAGCUUUGUGAUUCUCCUUUGUGUUUAGGCUGUGAUCUCAUGGCUAAAUAACAAAUAACAUAUCAUGCAUUUGUAUACUGGGCAUUGUUAAUGGAAUUUGUUUAAUGAUAAAGUGAAUUAUAGUGAUGCAACAUUUGAUUUUCUGCAGAAAAAUCUAAAAUCAGCUAACAUUUAUUUCAGUGUAGGUGGGCACAUUUACUAAGGACCACAGCAGCUUUAUUAUAUGUAUCAUUCCUUCUUGGCAUUACAGCUGAAGCAGAAUAUAGAGUUUUAUUUCUGGAAAUUAUUUAAAUUUAGGCUGAUUUUAAAUAAGUGUGAAUCCCUUAAUCAUCAGAAACAAAAGCAGAUGGGUUGUUCCCUACGGAGCCUGGAGUGUGCCGCUGGAGGCUUUUACAUGUUAAAUUAAAUCAAAUGAUUAAACAUAUUUUACAAAACAGAUGAAAUACAUUUGCUUUUGAAUUAUUCUGAACUAUUUUUGCUUUAUUCUGUAUUUAAUUGUGAUAAUCGUUUGAUUUCAAAUUAAAUUGCAAUAUUUUUAACAUUUUCUUUUUAUAUCUCAAGCCAUUUAUUUAUUUGUCUGCCUAUCAUAUUCACUCUGACUUUCUUUUUUAAAUUAAUGUUUUGACUAUUGAAACUUACUGAGCAGCACAGAGAGCUCUGAUUGGCUGGUCGUUCUGUGAGCUCCUGCUUCUACCUCAUUCAUUGUACAGUGAUAAAAAUGCAAUUAUUAAAGCAGAAAAGGUGAAUAAAAAAUAUUUUUAAAAUGGUAAUGAUAAUUUAAAUAUGGAAUAAGGAAACGCAACUCUUGGCAAUUUUUCAAACAAGUUUUACUUUACUUUCUUUCUAUAAUUCUUUAUUAAAAUAUUUGAAAAGUAGAUAUAAUUUAAUUGGGUUUAAUAGGACCCUGUAAAAGUCAUUCAUUAUUUCAGUGGCACAGUCCAGGCUGCCUUCAACGUAGAAAGGAUCAGAUAUUUUAUAAAGUACAUGCUAUUUGUUUAAAAAUGCAUAAAUAUUAAUAUUGUAUUAUAUUAUAUCUACCUGCAGGCAUGUCCCAUGCUUUCCUGUAUAAAUUGAAACCAAACAAACCUAGCAUUUAGCCCAUGCGGAUCAUUUUGAUUUUUCUGGAGUCGGUUGAAUAGUGACACUGUUCUUCUCCGUCUCAUAUUGUUUAAAUGCAACUUUACCCAUACUGGAAACUGAUAUUGGUUUAUUAUUGAUUAGACUGGCUUCAUGCUGCUCUCUGUGCUUUACUUUGUUUUCUCAACUGCAGGUGAUUUAUUUUUCCAGGUUGUUGGUGACUCUUAGUUUUUGAUUUGUGCACCGCAGACUGAUGGAAUAGUUUGUGACUUCUGUUUUGGACUUUUCUUUCUCCUGUGAACAAAACACCGAACCAGUCGCUCUCCAUUAAAGGAUCAUGAAGCUGGUUUGAUGUGAAUUAGAUCAAUCACCCCAAAAAUUGCACGUUACUGCCAGCCAACUUCAAAGCAACCUGUACACAGUACUCUGUUAUAACCAGUAGGAUUACACCAACUCUUCUUUUGGAAUGAUUCCUGUAACUUCAUACAUUUACAGUUAAAUCAUGAGGUAAUCACUUUCACUUCUCAGUGAGUUCAGUCCAACUGAUUCACAGAUUUAUAUUACAAUUAUGUUGCAUUUAUUGAUGAUUGUACAUGGACAUUGCAGGCUUACUGGUGUAUACUUUCUGCAUUUUAUUGGCUUCAUAAUUCCAGAAAAAGUCCUUUUAUAUGGCCCAAUUAGAAGCUGCAUAUUCCAAAUAAUGCAGAGUAAUUAUCUGAGUAGAAGAUGUAAUGCUUUGAACAUAUAAAACUAUUGAUACUUGAAUUUUGAGGGUAUUAAAAGAAGUUGGACGGAAAACUCCUUAGAUAAAAUUAUACUUUACUAAAACUUACUGAACAUUUCCUUCAAAAAUGGACUUAUACAUAACCCUUUAUUGCUUCACCUCAGAGCAUUGUGAAUCUCAUGUUACAGAGCAACGUGCUGCAGAUUUAUGCUUUGAAACAUGGACAGCAGUACUGGAAUAUUCAAAGGUAAUGUGUCUAAACAUGCAAAACCAGCUUUAUGCUUCCUUAAUGGCAUCCAAGAAGAAAAAAGUGAAGGGACAGUAAUAAAAAAAAUAAAAGUGUCAAUAAACCAUUUGACCCUAUUUGUUUGUGUUUCAGCUGCAUUUAUGGAACGAACCAUCUCAAAUAAGCUCACAAGGAAUCAUAUCUUUCACUGCAUUUAUCAGAGGGUUUAAAGAUGUCUUUCCCAUUAGACAUAAAUGCAGCAUUAUAGUGCACACAAGCUCUGUUUCUGAUUGGCUGAGCUGUCCUUCAACUCUUUUCUUCUGAUCCACUGAAGUGUCUUCAUGUGAGCCUGUGUGUGUGUGUGGGGGGGGGGGUCCAGCUGUUGAAGCAUUUGAAGUUCAAAGGGACUGGCCCUGUAGUGGACAUUUUAUCUCUUUAACUCCUUUAUUGUGGAUUUUGGAGUGUUUGAAUUUUGAUAUACUGGAUCUAACAUGUCUUACAAAUGAGCCUGAACAGGAAAUCUCAUCAGUGUGCAUAAAGAGAGGAACUCCUGCUAAAGUCCCUCCACAACUACAAACCUGAUACUCGUUAUUUUUUCAACAAUAAAAAUAUUAAUCAA